GUCCAGACUGACUCAUAUUUCAUCCAGGGUUACUCCAAAAUUGUGUCCAACAGGAGUUCAAACUGUCCCAAAAUGAUCAAAUUCCAGCUGAUUAGUCUGAACGUUGACUUGAGGCCAAUAAAACAGUUUUGGGGUUUUUAAAGAGACAGUCAGAGAAGCAGAACCUCCAGCUGAAAUGUUCUGUAUUGCUGUAAACUGUGCGUUAAAGUUAACGGAAAUGCGCAUUUUACGCAUCUCCAUGAGUUCUGAGCCUCUGAUUCUUUAUCAGAACUGUUGGUCGGUGACUGAGUCCCUGCAGCUGAUUUCACAUUAAAGUCCGGUUCUGAAGAACUGCGCUCUAAUCUAAGUCCAGUUUCAGGGUCUAAGGGAGGAGCGGAUACCAGCAGAUAUUUAUAAAACGUUUCCAGACUCGGUGCGCACUUCCAGGUCUGCGUCAUGGCGGCUCAGACUCGAGCUCUGGUCUCCACUCAGUGGCUCACAGACGCAGUCAGAACCAACCGGGUCGGUCCGAAGCUGCGGGUUCUGGACGCCUCGUACCACCUGCCGCACAUGAACCGGGACCCCAAGGCGGAGUUUGCGCAGCGGCACAUUCCGGGUGCGUCGUUCUUCGACAUCGACGCCUGCAGCGACCAGAACUGCGGACUGGACCAGAUGUUACCGGACCCCAGCAGCUUCUCCCGGUACGUCGGAGAUCUCGGGGUCAGCAACGACACGCACGUCGUCGUGUACGACGGCAGCGACUUCGGCUCGUUCAGCGCGCCCCGGGUGUGGUGGAUGUUCCGGGUGUUCGGCCACAGCUCGGUGUCGGUUCUGGACGGAGGCAUGCGGGGCUGGAUGGCUGACGGCGGCCCGCUCACUGCAGAGUCCAGCCGGCCGGAGCGCACCGACUUCAGGGCGACUCUGAACCGGUCCUGGGUGAAAAACUACGAGGAGAUUCUGGAGAACAUCAGAACCAAGCGGGUCCAGGUGGUGGACACCAGGUUUGAAGGCCGGUUCCGGGGCACCGAGCCGGAGUUCAGAGACGAUGUCCUACCUGGACAUUUCCCUGGAACCAUCAACAUGCCGUUCAACAGUUUCCUGGAUGAAAGUGGGAAGCUGCAUGGAGCUGAGCGUCUGUCGGAGAUGUUCAAGGAGGCAGGUGUGGACCUCCAGAAGCCUCUCUGGGCUACCUGUGGUUCAGGUGUGACGGCCUGUCAGGUGGCUCUGGCUGCUCACCUGCUGGGACACCCUGGGGUUUGUAUCUACGACGGGUCCUGGUAUGAGUUCUUCAAAAAGGCGUCUCCAGAGUACAUCAUCUCUGAGGGAGAAGCCAAGAAGGUCUGAACCAACGCUGUGAAACCGAGAAGCAGAGACGUGCCGAGUUAGAUAAAGAAUUUACUUCCUACACUGCUAUGAAACGUUUGGUUGCUAUCGACACAAAAAAGGCUGUAAAACUGUGAGAAGCUGAUGUUUAUUUAGAGGUUAUUCAAGUGGCAGCAGCUAAAAAAAGAAUUGGAAAUUAAACAUUAACUAAAAGUGACUGAAAACAGCAGCUGGAAAUGAAACUAAACAAUGAAGGAGGAUGUCAAAAUGAACGCCUCAGAGCAAAAUAAACUUGAAAACAGCAGCUAAGAAGACAUAAAACAGUAACUGAAAACAGUGACUGAAAAUGACUAAAAAAUUUGACUGGAAACAAAGUGAAAAACAACUAAAAAUGAAUUUAGACAGUGAAGGAAAACAUCAAACUGAGCGGGUCGAAACUAAGAUAAACAGCAACUUAAAAUGACAUCAAAGAGCAUCUGAAAAACAACUGAAAACAGCGACUGAACGUGAAAUAUUACAGUGAUUGAAAGCAAAACUACACCAACUGAAAAUAGUGACUCAAAAUCCCACUAAACAGCACCUAGAAACCACUGAAAACAAAAAACUGGAAAUUAUAAUGAAGCAGUGACAGAAAAUGACUGAAAAGAGCAACUGAAAAUGGAUUUACACAGUGAAGGAAAACAUCAAAAUGAGCGGCUGUAAAGUAAAACAAACAGCAACUUAAAAAGAUGUUAAACAGGAACUGAAAACAGCGACUGAAACUCAAACGGUGACAGAAAAUGACUGAAAAUAAAUUUAAAUAAUGAAGGAAAACAUCUAAAUGAUUGACAAAACCAACAUAAACGGCAACUCGGAAUCACAGGAAACAGCACCUAGAAACGACUGAAAACAGUGACGGGAAAUGAAUUUAGAGAAUGAAUGAAGACAUCGAAAUGAGCAGCUCAAAACUAAAAUAAACAGCAACUGAAAACAGCUGAAACUGACUGGAAACCAAUGAAAACAGCGGCUGAAAACACCUGAAAACUGACAGUAAACCGCAGUCGAAAACAGCAGCUAAGAAGACAUUAAACACUUGCUGAAAAUGACUAGAAACAGUGACUUUAAAUCAAAGGAAAUGAAAGAAAAUAACACUUGGAUAUAAAUUUUCCCAGUGAAGGAAAACACCUAAACAGCAGCUCUAAACAAAACUAAACUGCAGCUGAAAACUGUGACUCAGAAUCAUAUUUAACAGCAUCUAGAAAAAAAAAACAGUGACAGGAAAUUAAAAUAAAACACCAACAGAAAAUGAAUUUAGACAGUGAAGGAAAACAUCAAAUGAGCGUCUCAACUCAAAAACAGCGACUUUAAAAGACAUUAAACGGCAUCUGAAAACAGCUGAAAUCAGUGACUGGAAAUUAAAAUGAAACUGUGAUUGAAAAUGUCUGAAAAGAGCAACUGAGAAUUAAUUUAAACAGUGAAGAAAAACAUCAAAAUGAGCAGCUCAGAAUAAAUGUAAACUGCAACUGAAAACAGUGACUCAAAAUCACAUUUACCAGCACCUAGAAACAUCUGAAAACAGUGACUGGAAAUGGAGUGAAAAGCAACUGAAAAUGACUGAAAACAGCGACUGAAAAUUAAUUUAAACAUUGAAAGAAAAAAUGAGCGUCUCAAAAUCACAUUAAACAGCGGCUGAAAACAGCUGGAAACUGACAGUAGACCACCGUCGAAAACAGCAACUGAAAAAGAUAAAAACAGAGACUCACAACGAAACCAAACAGCCUCUGAAAACCCCUCAAUAACCAACAGAACCAUGCUGGACUGCACUUCCUGUGUUGGUCACAUGACGCGACCCUCAUCAGUCACAUGACUCAGAUGUUUACCAAUUCAAAAAACGCAAAAAAAAAUCCCAAAACAAAACGCGAACGUCUCACAGUUUUGCAGCCUGUGAUGUAGAACUGUCCUCAUGUUGUGAAAGUAGAGUUCAUAUAAAAACCUGCACUCUGCCUCCCGGCCCGCAGGGGGCGCCUCCUGUUUAAAACUGAGCUGAGUGUCUACAAACCAACAGAAUAAAUCAGACUUGGCCCUCCUCAUGCUGCUGAAGCCUAAAUAUGAACAUGAAGAUCUAAAGAAUCAUAUUUAAAUCACUGAACACGAGUUUAAUUUACAUCCAACCAGAGCAGGAAAUGUGAAGCUGCUGCUGAUUCAACAGCUUUUCUUUUUACUCGUUUUUAUAUUUUUGGAUUUUAGAUUUUAUACAAUGUCCAGUUUGCACACAAUUCACACCGCUGUAGCCGUCAUUAUUAAACCACUGUAUGUUAAAAAUAAAAGUUUCAGUAUCAUCAGUAAAGUUUAAACUGCUUUUGAAAAGAUGAAUGUUUUUCUUUUGAUUUUUUAAAAAUACAACAGUCAAGAUGUUCCUAAACCAGUGAGAUCAGGAUGAAAACAACAAGUAAAUAAAUAUUCAGUUCUACGACAGAAGUGAAACCGGUGAAAUAUCGUUUAACCCUGGUGUCGUUCUGUGGGUCAAAUUGACCCGUUUUAAAGUUUGAAAAUGCGGGGAAAAAAAUUUUCACGAUGAAACUUCUGAUGUCCACAUUUUCAACAUUUUUGGCAAAUCUUUGAACAUUUUUUGGUGGAAAAAAAGAAACGUUAAAAAAAUGUUUAAGAACAUUCACAAAAAAAAUCAACCAAAAUCCAGUGAAUUUCGCUGUAUUUUGGUUGAUUUUUUGUGAAUGUUCUAAAAGAAAAUAUCAGAAGUUUUGCUGAUAUAUAUGUAAUCAUUUUAGAUAUUUUUAGGAUUUUUUUGAAGAUUUUUUACUCAUUUUUUGAAAGUAUUUACCAGAAUUUUCUUGCCGAAUUUGGGGUAUUUUUUUUUUUUUUUUAAUAAAACUUUUAAGGAAAACUUUGAAGGAAUUGUUGGAAUUUUCUUCCUGAAAGUUUUGCAAAUUUUCAGAAAUUUGAGGAAUUUUUUGCUGAAGUUUUGUAUUUUUUAAGACAAGGAAACAAUAUUUUUUGGUGCCUGUAAAUGAAGACAACAGGAGGGUUAAAGACUAUUUGUAGGAGAAACUAAUUAAUUAUUGAUCAGCCUAUAAAUAAAACCUAAUAAACUAAUGACGUUUACAUGUGAAGAAAGCUGGGAAAUCUCUUUAUGUUUAUAUUAACAAACACAAUAAAGGUUUCACAAAUCAGAACUUGUAGUUUCAUGAAAUUUUAGUAUCUGUAGACUUAAUCCAGAUCUGACGCGUUUAUAAGUCAUGGGUUCAGAUCUGGACCUGGUCUGCAGUGGUCUGGAUGUAAAAAAAGCUCAGGAAUGUAAUCGUUCUUGCAAGUUUCACUAAAUAAAAUGUCUUCUGGGAAUCACUGAGGGUCUGAUUAAAUGUCUAACGAGGUUUUAAAUCAUUGAAAUGUGGAAAGAAAACAAAAUGUAAAUGUGUUUCUCUUAACUGUCAAAAUAAAUGUCUGUACUUCCGGU